CUGGGCACAUGUGCGCCUGCAUCUCACACACAAACCUUACGACAAACACGCUCAUUCAUUCACGCCAAGCACACAGGGCGAAGCCAGCCUCCGCUGCAGGGCCUCGCCACGCGGGACGCCCCAAAGAAAGGGAAAAUUUAGCAACCUGCCAUAAUAAUAACUGAACACCAACAUUCCAAAGACCUGGGCCCACACCACCAAAUAGCAGCAGAACACACUGUACUUGGUGUGCCACAUCUCAGGUAUAUAUAGUUCAAACAUUUAGAACCAGUCUUCUUUCUCCUGAACACUCUGUAUGAAGGACUACUCUGACAUCCUCUUCAGUCUAGCUGUUCAGUGAAUUACCAGCAUUUUUGGUUUAGCUGAAGGAAAGCUUUCUUUGUCAGCCUGCCGGAACUGAACCUGACCCACGUACACCUUUUCCUUAUUGCAAAUGCCUAAGAACAGCAAGGUGGUAAAAAGAGAACUAGACGAUGAGGUUAUCGAGUCAGUUAAGGAUCUUCUCUCUAAUGAAGACUCUGCAGAUGAUGCCUUUAAGAAGAGUGAACUGCUGGUUGAUGAUCAAGAACAUAAAGAUGUAGAUGUUGAAGAGGGGUCAGAUGUAGAAGAUGAAAGACCAGCCUGGAACAGCAAACUUCAGUAUAUUCUGGCACAAGUUGGAUUUUCUGUAGGGUUGGGAAAUGUGUGGCGAUUCCCAUAUCUGUGUCAGAAAAAUGGUGGAGGUGCAUAUCUUGUGCCGUACUUAAUUUUGCUGAUGAUAAUAGGGAUUCCACUUUUUUUCCUGGAGCUUUCUGUGGGCCAGAGAAUCCGACGAGGAAGCAUUGGCGUAUGGAAUUACAUCAGCCCCACGCUCGGUGGAAUUGGAUUUGCAAGCUGUGUAGUAUGUUUCUUUGUGGCCCUCUACUACAAUGUCAUCAUUGGAUGGAGUUUGUUUUACUUUUCUCAGUCAUUUCAGCACCCCUUGCCAUGGGAUCAGUGUCCUUUGGUGAAAAAUAUUUCUCACAGAUUUGUGGAGCCUGAGUGUGAAAAAAGCUCUGCUACCACCUAUUACUGGUACAGAGAAGCACUGAACAUUUCCAACUCUCUCUCAGAGAGCGGGGGUCUGAACUGGAAAAUGACUCUGUGCUUGCUGGCUGCCUGGAUUCUGGUUUGCCUGGCAAUGAUCAAAGGCAUUCAGUCUUCAGGCAAAAUCAUGUAUUUUAGUUCCCUUUUCCCUUAUGUGGUACUUAUAUGCUUUCUAGUCAGAGGACUGCUCUUAAAUGGUUCCAUGGAUGGAAUUCGUCACAUGUUUACACCUAAGCUUGAAAUAAUGCUGGAGCCCAAGGUCUGGAGAGAAGCUGCUACUCAGGUGUUCUUUGCCUUAGGGCUUGGAUUUGGUGGAGUCAUUGCCUUUUCAAGCUACAACAAGAGAGACAACAACUGCCAUUUCGAUGCUGUUCUGGUGUCCUUCAUCAAUUUUUUCACUUCUGUGCUGGCAACUUUGGUGGUGUUUGCUGUUCUGGGCUUCAAAGCAAAUAUCAUAAAUGAGAAAUGCAUUACCCAAAAUUCAGAAAAGAUUUUAAAUCUUUUGAAAAUAGGCAAUCUGAGCCAGGAUAUGAUCCCCCAUCAUAUCAAUUUCUCUAGCAUCACAGCAGAUGAUUACAAUUUAGUUUAUGACAUCAUUCAAAAAGUUAAAGAAGAAGAAUUUCCGGCUCUUGGCCUGAAAUCCUGUCAGAUUGAAGAUGAACUUAAUAAGGCUGUUCAAGGCACUGGUUUAGCUUUUAUUGCCUUUACAGAAGCAAUGACCCACUUCCCUGCUUCUCCUUUCUGGUCAGUGAUGUUCUUCCUCAUGCUGGUAAAUCUGGGACUUGGCAGUAUGUUUGGAACCAUUGAAGGAAUCAUCACACCUAUUGUUGAUGCCUUCAAAGUGAGGAAAGAAAUUCUUACUGUCAUCUGCUGUCUGGUGGCAUUUUUAAUUGGCCUGAUCUUUGUGCAGCACUCUGGAAAUUAUUUUGUCACAAUGUUUGAUGAUUACUCUGCUACUCUGCCUCUACUUAUUGUGGUCAUUUUGGAGAAUAUUGCCAUUUCUCAAGUUUAUGGGAUAGACAAAUUUAUGGAGGACCUAAAGGAUAUGCUUGGUUUUUUUCCAAACCGGUAUUAUUACUACAUAUGGAAGUAUGUUUCCCCUGUAGUGUUGUUAUUUUUGCUGGUAGCUAGUAUUGUCCAAAUGGGAUUAAGUCCUCCUGGUUACAAUGCAUGGAUUGAAGAGAAGGCUACUGAGGAGUUCCUGAGCUAUCCACCCUGGGGAAUGAUUGUCUGUAUAUCUCUGAUGAUAUUGGCCAUACUUCCUGUCCCUAUAGUCUUCAUAGUCCGCCGCUGCAAUCUUAUUGAUGAUAGCUCUGGUAGUUUGGCUGCUGUAUCCUACAAAAGAGGACGGAUAAUAAAGGAGCCUGUUAAUCUAGAAGGAGAUGAUGCAAGUCUGAUUCAUGGGAAGAUUCCAAGUGAGCAGCCAUCUCCAACUUUUGGUAAAAACAUAUAUCGGAAACAAACUGGAUCCCCAACUCUGGAUACUGCUCCCAAUGGACGCUAUGGUAUUGGCUAUCUAAUGGCAGAUAUGCCAGAUAUGCCAGAGUCUGACUUGUAGCUAGAGAACAAAAUCACUUCUUUUUUUGUUUAUACUGUAUCACUAAGCAUUGGGUCUCUAAGAGAAGUUGUCUGCUUCACUUACUAGAGUGCGAUCUCAGGUGCCCCCUAGCUACACUCUUUAAAAUAUCAUGACGGUACAUACAGAGUGAAAAUUCUCUUUGGAUUGAUCUUCUGGUUUUAUAUUGCAUUAGAACAUAAGAACAGCCAUACAAAACCACAAGCCCAUCUAACCCACUAUCAUGUCCUCUGACAGUCGCCAUUGCCAGGUGCCCCAGAGGGAAUGAAUAGAACAGGCAGUCAUCAAGCAAUCCAUUCUCAGUCACCCAACCCCAGCCUCUGUCAAUCAGAUGCCAGGGACACCAUCUCUGCCUAUCCUGGCUAAUAGCCAUUGAUGGAUCUCUCCUCCAU